GCUGUGGCGAGCAGGGCAACUCCAGGGAUUCCCAGAGCUCCAGGAUGGCGGAUGCGUCGGCGUACCUGUGAGAAGAGAGCAAAAAGACACGCAAGGUCAUGAUAAACGAAGUUGAGCUCUUGGAGGAGCUUCCUUACUACCGGACUCUUCAGAAGCCACCCCACCAUCAGUCUCAGCAGCAUCAUGGCCCUCCUCUGUCCUCGGCGCCUCACUAUCCCACAGCCCCGAGAGGCCUGCGGAUGGACCCAAGCUACGACGAAACAGCCAUCGCCAUCAUAGCUCCGGACAUUCGAGUGCCCCAGAACAAUAACCCUCUGUCCAUUUCAAGCCUCGAACACUGUGAGCAAUAUUCACCCCUCGGAUGCCUGGACAUCCUCAUGUCUAUCAUGUGCUAUGCUGGAGAUCUGGGCUCGGAUCUAGUCGUAUGUUACGUCCUCUUCGCAGAAAAACGCAUCCUAUGGGCAGUCCUGACGGCCACUUUCGUCCUCUUGUCCUCGGUGGUGGUCAAUGUUCUCAGCAUCCACUGGUACAUCAGGAAUCAGAGAAGCUCCGCCUCCGUUUACACUUCGGUCAGCAAAUUGACAUGGGUCAUCCGUUCACUUUUCCACAUUUUUUUCAUGGGAUUGAUAUACAGGUAUCUCUACUUGCUGUUCAAGUGCCUGUGCAAAGAUCAUCUAGAAGACCGCGAUCACCGGAGCGUGAUGGAGGCUCGCAAGAGGAAGAACGCGAUACUCCAGAUGACCAUCAAAGAAGACAAGCAGACCGCCACCCUCUGCCUGUUACACAGUUUUUUAGAAUCAGCACCCCAGCUAAUCCUACAGCUCUACACGCUGGCCCAGAGGACAGACAGAGAUAGCCAAGUCAUAGUUUUUAUACAAGGAGCGUGCGCAGCCUCAUCUCUCUUCCAACUCGCCUGGUCCAUCACCUCUUACAACAGCACCCUCCACCGCACCAUGCUGGGCAAGAAGAAGGCGAACAGUGUGGGCAAGGCGCUGCAGUUCCUGUGGCAUUUCUGCACUAUCGGUUCGCGCGCCUGCACUUUGGCCCUCUUCACCAAGGAAUACCACUUCUGGCUCUUCCCCUUCUGCAUCGGACAUUGGGGCGUCAUGACCAUCUGGGUCAUGCAUCAGCAGACCCGUUUCUGCCGCAAGAACGGGGACCUACACCAGUGCAAAGAGUAUAUGUGCAACAUGGUCGUAGGAGUCGCCUAUGUGAUAUAUUACCUAAACGUCAAGGCAGAGCCCACCCGAUACAAGUACUCGGCGUACUACGCCAUAGUCUUUGCUGAAAACUGUGCCCUUAUGACACUCUGGUUUUUAAGAAAUGACCCUGGCGUCUGGUAUCACAUACCGGCCCUCGUAGCAGUAUUUUCUAGUUUUGCAAGUGGAAUCGUUUUUAUGUUAUUUUAUUACGGGUUCUGUCACCGAACGUUGAAGCAAACCAAUGAGAAACGUGCAGCCCACUGUUGUUGAAGUUUGCAGCUAAUACUUGUUCUUUUUUUAUACUCUGAAAGCGCACGAGUUGAAGAGAGCGCUUUGAAGUUGUAAUCUUCUUAGUUUGUUAAAUAAAUUUUCAUAAUUAGUGAAAAUUAGAAAUA